AUGGAUUUUUUGUUUGCUUCUUUGCACUAACAUAGUAAUAAAUUUAGACUAAGGUAUCAUUCCUGUCUUAAGCAAUAUAAUAGAUUGAAGAUUCUCUUGAAUCAACUUCAGAGUAAUUAGGCUAUUUAGGGUCAUAAGUUUAUGGAGGUGUAACUCUAGUUUUUUUAUUUGGAGGAAAGUUGUUCCUCCAUUUUAAUUUAAAGAUGAUAAUUGUGCUACGUUAUUUUGGAAUGAUUUCAUCCUUAACUUUAUUUCCCUUGAAUUAUGGAUCAAUUUUACAUAUUUAGAUUUCUUACAGUUUGUUCGAAACUGGUUAUAGUUGAUAAAAAUAUAAAAUAGAGUGAUAUUAUAAUUCGAUACUGCAUUUUAAAUAUUUUAGGCAUCUAUGAUGAUUAUUUUCCUAUUUGGUUUGAUAAUUUUGGAGAUGAAUAUAAAACUAUUUUUUAGAUAAAUAUUCUACAAGGUGUAAUUCCACUUGGCAUAUUUGUUGGAAGUUCUUUAUCAAGUUUAUGGCAUAAAAAUUAGUGUUACAAUGUUUUUAAUUAUUGUUAACAAUAAAGACUUUGAGAUUGAAAAAUAUUCUAAAAAUAAAAUUGAAAGUAAAUCAGUAUAUGAUUUAAAAAAAAAUGAAUCAAUUGUUAGCAUAGAAUCCAAAAAAGACUUAUUAGUUUUUAAUUUUGAAUGGCAGAUUAUAUUGAUAAAUGAGAUGCAUUGA